AUGGAGAAUCAAGAACCGAGUGUAGAGAUAUUUGAGAAGUUCAAAUGGAACAUCAAGAACUUCUCUCAGUUGAAUGUUAAGAAGAUAUCCUCAGAGCCUUUUGUCGUAGGAGGUUAUCCAUGUCAAACAAGCCAUGAAGAAAUUGGAGUCCCAGGGCAAAAGCCAGAUGUUCAAGACUCGAAUUUGGUAACUUGUUUACCAGUUUCUACCAUAGCUUGCAUUGAACCUACAAAACACACUGAUGCAGAGUUGUUCUCACCCUCAAGAGGAGAACUUAUGGAUUUCAGUAGCGUAGGACACCAACAAGAAAUGUGUUCUUCUUCACUCAAUGAGCCCCCGCCAAAUAGAAAGUGCAAGUUCACUGAUUUGGCAUUUUCUGCAUUGGGGAGAGUUAUUUGUUUCCUUAAGACUAGAAAAGUGAAGGACAUGAAUGACCAAACUUGUAAGGAUAUUCAAGUUUUAUGGGAGGAACUUAAAAAAUAUAGAUUUGAUCUGACUUGGUUAGAGCCUCAUGUUGAAUAUGCUUUAGGAGCUAAAAGUUAUGUGGAGAAAGCAGUGGAAGUAGAAAAGCUAAAGGAGAAUGUGGUAGCUCUAGAGCUUGAAACAGAAAGGCUAAAGGCAAAGUUGGUUGCAGCUAAAGCAAACUUUGACAUAGAAAGAGACUUGUUGAAUGCAAAAGGAUUUGAAGAGAGAGAUUUGGAUUCUGAAUUGUUGGGAUGUGAGAGUUGGAGACCAUAG